AAAAAGAAAUCAGUUAUCCGUGUCAUGAUUUGUGAUUUAAUUGGGUUCGGUUUUCACGGCGACUGCGCAGAUUAUUUUCCACACGUUACGCUCUUGUGCGCAGCCGCGGAACCUCCGACGGGGAAGGAUUUGGAGGGCGGACCGCCGGAAACCGGAGUCAAUCAUGGCGGAUGUUCCAGAUAACGCGCCGGAGCACUGUCCCGGGACACUCAGCGAGCAGGCGGGGAAGACUUCAGCAUGUCAGGGCUGUCCCAACCAGCGCAUGUGUGCUUCAGGAGCUACCAAGGCCCCCGACCCUGCCAUAGCCGAGAUUGCAGUGAAAAUGGAGACGGUCAAACACAAGAUCCUGGUGCUGUCGGGGAAAGGAGGAGUGGGGAAGAGCACCUUCAGUGCCCAUCUGUGCCAUACCUUAGCCAGCGACGACACCAAAGAGGUGGCACUGUUGGAUGUGGAUAUAUGCGGUCCCUCCAUUCCAAGGAUCAUGGGUUUGGAGGGAGAACAGGUCCACCAAAGUGGUUCUGGCUGGUCCCCUGUGUAUGUGGAAGACAACCUCGCCGUUAUGUCUAUUGGCUUUCUGCUCAGCAGUCCUGAUGAUGCAGUCAUCUGGAGGGGACCCAAGAAGAACGGUAUGAUCAAGCAGUUCUUGAGGGACGUUGAUUGGGGGGAACUGGAUUACCUCGUUGUGGACACGCCUCCCGGCACCUCUGACGAGCACCUGUCAAUAGUUCAGUACCUGAGCUCUGCCAAAAUUGAUGGAGCUGUCAUCAUCACCACACCUCAGGAGGUAGCUUUGCAGGACGUUCGCAAGGAAAUACGGUUCUGCCAGAAGGUGAAGCUUCCAAUCAUCGGUGUGGUGGAGAACAUGAGCGGCUUCGUCUGCCCCAGUUGCAAGAACACAUCGCAGAUCUUCCCUCCCACCAGUGGGGGCGCUGAGCGGAUGUGUGAGGAGCUGAAUCUUCCUCUGUUAGGAAAAAUUCCUCUGGAUCCCCGGAUAGGACGCAGCUGUGAUGAAGGGAGGUCUUUCCUUAACUACGCACCAGAGUCCCCUGCUGCCAAAGCCUACUACAGUAUUGUCCAGCGUAUCAAGGACUACUGUUCCAACCGUAAGAACGAGGAGCAAUAGCUGAAGCCUCCGUGAGGGCAGCCAUAUCGGACCGGUGCACAGCAACAAGUCACUGGAUGAGGUCCCAGUGAAUUCGAGAUGUUUCUGACCAUGAACCAAAUUGACAUGACGUCACACGCAACACAACAGCACACCGACACAAUAAGCAUAUUGACAUCAAUAACACAGCAGGUAUUUAGUAACCCCCACCAAUGCCUGUCAGUAUAUAAUCAGCCUCAACAACUUCAUUAGUAUAUUGCCACCAACACUUGUUUGACUAUCACCACUAUAUGCAAAAUAUAUGAAGAUUGACAAAGAACAAUUACAUGUACAUCGUACUGUUUAGUCUUGUGCCGACAGUUUGACGUAGUUUGUAUUCGAUAAUAAAGCGCCCAAAGAACAACAAACUAUCCUUUGUGCAAAUAAGAAGGUACCCGGUUGGUAGUUUAGGCACUUAAACUGGCACGAGAACCAAAACUGGAACAUAAUACACAGCGACAGAAAUAAAAGCCAGAACCAAAAUUAAACACAGCCACCACCACUACGGAAAGCCAUAGAGGAACCACGCUGAGAGGGUGCAAAGAAAUCACAAUGUCUGCACUUCUGCUCAUAUGAACCAUCUUCGGCCGUCCUUCAGGACCUGCUUAAGGGACAGGCGCUGUAAAACAGCAGUGUUUGUGUGGACAGCUGAAAUCGGUCCCAGACCGUGUCCAGUCGGUGCAGAGAAGAGAUUAGAUUUAGGUAGUAGAUUUUACUGAUUUUUUUUUUUUUUUUAAUAUUUAGCCUGGGUACUUGAGUUAAGCUGCCUGGGCCCAGAUAUCUACAAAUUCAGUACUACUGAGCUGAGUGAGUGUAAUACCCUGGUGUAAAGUGCACGAUGCUCUGGAGCUUAGUUGCAGAAUGGGAUGUAGAGAUAAAUGUAAUUGUUCAGUCCGAUUGAAAUUUUAUUUGACUUUUCAGUUUGCAUCACUUCUUCUUCUUCUUCUUCUUCUUCUUCUUCUUCUUUUGGCUUGUUCCCUGUUUCCCAGGGGUCGCCACAGCAGAUUUGAUAGUUUCCAUCAGUACCCUGUGAGGGCGCAGCACCGAUGAGGGUCUUGUCAGUCCGCAUAAUGAUUUGGCAAAAUUUUACGUCGGAUGCCCUUCCUGACACAACCACUAACCCUAUGGACGGGGGCACAGGUAAAGUGCUGGAUGCCAUCCCGGUAUUCAUGGGCUUGCGCCCACCCCAGUCGCCAUGUCAGUUUGCACCACUUGAUAAUCAUAAAUCAUUCAACAGCCCGAUCAAAAGCACACCCUUCUGAGAUCUCUAAUCUAAGUCUGGACCCUUCAGGUUUGCAGGUUGUGUCAUUCGUAUGAGAUCCAGAUAGCUUGUGAGGUUUUUAUCAACUAGACGACCGCAAAUCCCCUAAUAAAUCUUAGUGCCCAAACCAAUUUCUUGGCUAUAUGAGAGCGGUGGUUGUCUGCUUGUAACAUCUUCAAACUACAAGAAAAUUCACCAAAUCUAAUUUCCUAAUUGUCGAUUUUUAUAUUUCCUCUGAAUGUUGUAUUGAAUUGUACUAAUGUCUUGAGCAGUUUUUUUUUUUCAUAUAUGAUGCACUUUGCUUUGACUGAUGAAUAAAAAUAUAAUUUAUGCUGAA